AUGUCUACCCUAAGCGGGCCUUCGACCCUUGGUCGCAUAGGUAACGAAACACACUUUAUUCCCCAUGAUGGCAUCGAUGUGCGAGCUCUCUCUUUUGGACACGAACAAUCGGGACACCAAACCCCAACUACUCGCUAUGGCUCUUCUGGUCCUAUGGAAGUCUCUCGUCAUGGAAAUACGCAACUUUCAUCUAGUGAUGGGGCAGAGCAUUCGUUGAGCAAGAAGCAGAAGCUAGAUCACAUCAAAGCUGAACCUUUGAGUGGACAGCCAUCGGAUAUUGAGAGGAUACUGGCAAAUCUCUCUCCCAAAUCUAUCCAAACCACGCGUUCCGAAGCUGAACCUUCCUCUGGACCGUCCCAGGUCGCCCCAAUUCUCAAAUCACUGCCAAAUCCAUACACCACAGUUCCUCAUCAGCCCUACAGCCAGGAGGAUAACACGGUGGAGUUGCGUCGUCUCAAGCAAGAGCUGCUGGCUGCAAACUCAAAAAUAGCUUUGCAGGAGCAAGAGCUCGCCCAGACCCGCGUGAUAAAGCAUACCUUGGACCAAGCUCUUGGUUUCCCAUCCGAGGCAGAUUUCAGCAGUCGUGAGAUAAGAGAACAAACCAUCAGUCCCUUGCAGAACGUUUUCAAUGGGUCGAGGUCUGCUUUCGGCCAAUUCCAAGAUUCUUGGGCUGGCCAAGACGACUCACAGUCUGAUAUCUCAGAGCCAUUGUCUACAGGACCCUACGGUGGAUCUCGUGGGCCGUGGGCACGUCUUGAGCCUGCUCUCGACGGGGACUACAGUGUGCCUUCUUUGGCCUCUAACAAUCCCGCAAGCCAGGAUCCUAGCCGAUUCUGGGCCACUUCUGGUAUCUAUCCUCCGUUCACGGGAUCCUCAUCUCUGCAAUUCCAGAGAAUUCUUUCGAGACCAUCGGCCAGUCCAUGCGGGUUCUACUCGGGCCCCAUCGGCGACCAGACGCAGUUUCCCGCAGGCACAGUUACUGGACCUCGUCGCAUUAACACUCAAUGCAGCCGUGGCGGGUCUCUGUUCCCAACCCAGUCCACUCCUUGGAGUGAUUUCUCUUCUGCAUCUUCCAGUGACCAGACCCCGAAGUCAACGACGUCACCCGCAAAGAGGCCUCUCAGUGCUUUACAACAGGCCGGCCUUUACCCAGUGCCUUCUUACCAUCCUCGGGCAAUUGGAAGCCCUCUUUCUCCUACUGCCAGUGAGUUCAUGGGUUCUAGUGCUAAUGAUAGCUCUUGGUCCACUUCCGCGACGAGCGGCAAUUCCAUCCAAACAUACGUGUCGCCGCUUGAGCCUCUCAACUACCGACGGCUCCUGGACAAGAACGUGUCGUGUGAUUGGAAAUAUAUUGUAGACAAAAUAGUCUGCAGUAACGAUCAACAAGCUUCGAUUUUCUUGCAACAAAAGCUGAAAGUCGGCACAACCGAACAGAAACAUGAUAUCAUCGAGGCAAUUGUUCACCAAGCCUACCCACUCAUGGUCAAUCGCUUUGGAAAUUUCCUUGUCCAACGCUGUUUUGAGCACGGAACCCCAGAGCAGGUUGUUGCCAUCGCCAAUGCAAUCAGAGGCAAUACACUAAAUCUGAGCAUGGAUCCAUUUGGCUGCCAUGUGAUUCAAAAGGCUUUUGACUGUGUCCCAGAGGAACACAAAGCUUUCAUGGUGCAUGAGCUUCUUCGCAGAAUUCCCGAGACGGUGAUCCAUCGGUAUUCCUGUCAUGUUUGGCAAAAGCUCUUCGAGCUUCGGUGGAGUGGCGAGCCUCCACAGGUGAUGAUCAAAGUGAACGAGGCACUACAGGGAAUGUGGCACGAGGUUGCUCUGGGGGAGACGGGAAGCUUAGUUGUUCAAAACAUCUUUGAAAAUUGCGUCGAGGAUGAAAAACGACCGGCAAUUGAAGAAGUGUUGGCAAAGAUUGAUGUACUCGCUCAUGGGCAAUUCGGAAAUUGGUGCAUCCAACACAUCUGUGAGCACGGUGCUCCUCAUGACAAGAGCCGUGCUGUGGAGCAUGCUCUCCACUGGGCUGUCGAUUAUAGCAUGGAUCAGUUUGCGUCUAAGAUCGUGGAAAAAUGCCUCAAGAUCGGAGGUACGGAGUUCAUGGAUCGGUAUCUCACUCGCGUCUGCAUCGGGCGUUCUGACCGACCUCGCAUGCCAUUGAUUGAUAUAGCGGGAGACCAGUAUGGCAAUUAUCUUAUCCAAUGGAUUUUGAUGAAUGCUCCGUCACACCAACGAGAGGUUGUGGCCAGUCAUAUCAGAAAACACAUGGUCUCCCUUCGUGGCUCCAAGUUCGGCUCUCGUGUGGCUAUGCUUUGCUGUAACCCGUCUCAUGCUACUCGCCCAGGUCCCGGUGCCGGUAUGCAAAUCGGUCGCUUCAACAACUUCAAUGAAGACAAGUUUUCUACCACGAGCCAGCCCGGUGGUCGAUUCGGCCGUGGACAUCAAUGGGGACCCAAUUAUGCUCCCGUCCAUUGA